AUGGCCAAGACACUGGAAAGCUUAACCUGGAAGCGACUGCAGAAUUUGGAAGGUAUCUCUGCCUACCAGGCUCAAACAUUUUGGCGACUUAAAGCGCGGGAACUAAGAGUGUGGGAGGGCAAGGAGAAGCGGCAUCAAUGUCCAGAGCCAGGCUGCGAUGCAAGGGGACGCGACAAAAUCGAGCAUUUGGUGUGGCAUUGCACAGCAGCCAAGGCUCUGUGGAGGUGUCUUUUUGAAAUGUGGCGAUACGACCUCAGUGCUAAUGUAUGUACAGAAAAAAAUUACCGCAUGCCUUCGGAAUGA